AUGACGGCUGAUCUUGAACUUCAGGAAGAUGCUAUUCCACCCCGUGGUCAAGUCCAGUCGGAUAACCUAAAACUCGCCUCCGCGGGGAGUAUAUUUCUGGCUACCGGUGGCACAACCAGCUCGAGUAGCCAGAACUCGUCGCUGCACAAGGGCGCCGGUGAGGCACACAUAACGUCUGAGGGCAACGUGGAGGGGGGUCACUGCGUGGAAGCGGGAGACGGCGGUGUCCAGACAGGUGACGCCUCCCUCCACAACGACGAUCCCAACUCCGUCUCGCCCUACGCCAGCACCUCGCUCAUCGAGCAGCUUCGACGUGGCAGCGGUCGAGGCACCUUCCCCGACGUCAUUCCGCCUCCCCCGCGCUACCCCCCACCCCCGGUUCCGCCCGACUCCCCUCCCGCCAUCCCAGGCGGCGGUGGGGUCGCCUACCACCAGACCACCUACACUCCCGACGAGUGCCACUACGCGCAGAGCGAUCUGCAGAAAACCGAGGAACCGCCGUUUGUGGGCGCCUACAGCACCACCCUCAGCGGGGCCUACAUUCCUGGCCCGCCCCCCAGCUACCCACAGGAGCAGUACUGGGGCAACGGCGCGCCUGGUGUCAUGUGCUACAUGCAGCAACCCGUCGUCACGCUUUCCGGUCAGAUGUGUGAAGGAGUUGUAAGGAGUAAUAAACGAAGCCAACGCGCCGGAAUCAACUCACCAACUGGUAUUAGUGACCUCGCGAGGCGAAGUCAAUUAAAGAACCUGCAAAUUGCGAGGGAGAAAGACGGCGGUGGUGGCGGUGGCAUUAACGUGACCCUUCAUAAGCCUAUCAAACACCUCAUUAGCGUGUGCGCGUACACUGGCUUUAACUCAAAGCGACAGAAUCGUCCUGCCUUGCGGCCAAUCGGCCAACAGCUUGCCAGUUUUCCAGUACACUACCUUCUGUAUCCACUGCCUUUGUCGCGACGAUCGGUUCGAACAAGUUUCCAGCGCCUGUCUGAAAUCGUGCCAAACAUCGCAGCGGUGGUUGAUGCCACUUGGCCAGAUGGAGCCCUCUACAUGCCGCACAUGAUGGCGAAAGGUCUGGGGGCAAUGCAGCCGUCGAUGCCUGCUGCACCCACCUUCAUGACACAACAACGCGGUCCUCCCUCCUACCACCACCCCGCGCCACCAAUCACCGGCGACCAUCAGGCGAUGAUGUUGAUGAUGCAGCAGCAGCAGCAGUCUGCUCAUCCGAUUUCAGUUCUCGCGGACGACGUGGUUCUCCCCACCUCGACACUGACCCACCCCAAUCGAAGCCACCACGUCCCACCGCUGACAUCUCCAAUCCACGCCGACAACUGA